GGGGCCAGCCCCAGCGCUGACGUACGCCAGGAUGAGCCGAUCCAUCGCAAAGUUUUUAAUCCCGCCGUCCGCAGCCCCAGCCGCAGCUCCCCUGCGGCUGCCGGGAGCAGGGCGGCCCCCGCGGGUCCCCUGGGUGCCGUGGGACGUGCCAGCCCCCUCAGACACGCUGCUGGGACCGCUGGCAGGGCACGGCCGCGCUCGGCAUGGGGCUCCGGCUGCGCAGGAGCGCCAGCUUCACCCCUGACCACCCUGCCCUCCUGGAGGUGCCUGGCCCCGCCGCCCUGAAAGCAGAAGCGAACGUGCUCGUGAUGGGAGCGGACAGCGUGGGGAAAUCAGCCCUGACUGUGCGUUUCCUUACCAGGCGCUUUAUCGGGGAGUACGGAGACAUGGAAUUCAUCUACAGCCACACCCUGACCGUGGACGGCCGAGAGAUUCUCUUCCACAUCUGGGACGUCCCCAACUCCCAGGACCAGGCAGAUGAUGGCUCCUCAGAGGAGAAGCGAAUCCAGUGGGCAGACAGCUUUGUCCUGGUCUACAGCAUCUGCGACCGUGCCAGCUUCAACAUCCUGCCCCCCAAAAUCCAGUUCAUCAAGGCGGCCAAGGAGGGGCAGAGCCAGGAGAAGGUGCCCAUCGUCAUCGUGGGCAACAAGCGGGACCUGCACCACCAGCGGGUGGUGUCCAGCGAGGAGGGACGGCUCCUGGCCCUCUCCCUGGACUGUGGGUUCUACGAGGUUUCUGCAGCUGAGGCGUAUCACGGGGCCCUCAUGGUCUUCCACGGACUGGCCGAGCGCAUCCCUGACACCAAACUGGCCCUGAAAAAGGGUACCGGCAUCCGGGGCAUCGUCAAGACCAUGUCAGCGGUGUUUGCCCGCAAGCGAACGGACUCCCUCUGAGCCGUGGCCUGGGCGUUGCUUCUCUGCAUGCUGCCUGGCUGGACGGAGCCUCCUCGGGGUGCCCGUGGAGAUGGGCCGCGUUUCCACGAGCACGGCGGUUUCCUUGAGGAACAUACAGCUCCUUCUUUGGGAAGCUGCCCAGGCUGGGGGUGGGCAGGGAGGACAAACCACCUCCACCCUGCUCUGUGUCCCCAAGCUGUCACCUUGGCAUCCUGCUGCUGACCCCGGAGGACAUCAGGCAGGGUCCUUUACCUCCCGUCCCAUCCUCCUUCUCUCCGUGACUCCAGGCGGAGCUGCGCUGGUGACCUUCUCCUCCCGCCCGCAGCCUUUUGGUGGCUGUGGACAUUUCCCUUGUGCAAGUGGCGCGCGGGCUGUGCAUGGGAAAGUCAGGCGCCGGGCUCGUUCCCAGGAUGUGGGAUUGUACCGUGCGUCUCGUAAACCCAGACCUCUGUGAGCCUGCGGGUCCCCAGGGAGGAAGGGAGGUGGGGAGGAGAGCAGGGGAGGCUUUUCCCCUUCCCUGGUGUGCCUGGGAAAGCAGCGUGUAGGAAGGGGGUGGUGUGUGCGGUACAGACAGUGAUUUCUCUGCUCUGUUCUUCUCUAAAUGGAAUAAAUAUUAUUUGGCAGGAAGCCCCUGGCUCCUCGUGGCUG